UACCUAACUCGAGUCUCGAGCGCGCGGUCGCCAUGCGAGUAAUAAAAACGAUUCUCAACGAAAAACGAACAUAAUUUCAAAUUAAUACAUUCCAAAUUUGAAAAAAAAUCAAAUCUACUAACUAAAUGUUUUUUAAACUUACUAUCGAGUUUUGAACGAAGAAAACUUGAUUGUUUCAAAGCAUAUGGCUCCAAGGAUGUGAUUUAUUUUUUUUAUUUUUAAAUAUUGUGUCGCAAAGGAAUGUGGUCUUAGUGUCGAUGCACAUAAGGACGUGUGUUGUGUGUAUGUGUGGUUGCGAUUUGAGUUUUGUGUUUAAAAAUAAGUUUUAAAAGACUGAAAUAUGUGGAGUAUACUGAUGGUAGCAGCGCUGUUCGCGACCGCGCGUUCUAAGCAAAUACCCUCCAACACCGAAAUAGCUACUACAACUGUAGCGACGGCCACGGAGCCGGUCUCGGAAUGGCCCGGAGCAUUAGCGCCCCUCGACACUCUUGCAGUUGCUUGCGAGAAAGAGAACAUGCAUGUCACCAUCUCCCUCGCACACAUCCAGUCACAUCCAAACAGUAUAUACGACACCUUCAACGGCAUCGUGUAUCCAGCGGGACUGGGGAGCAACUCGACGUGUCUCCGGGAAUACGUAACAGCAAGAGGAGAUCUGCAAUACACUCUACCUCUAAAGGGAUGCAAUACGAUGUCUAUCGAUAAUGACGAUGGUACUGUAGAAUAUUACAAUAACAUAAUCGUUCAGCCACACCUUCGGCUCGUGACUGGUCAAGGACGAGGGUACCACGUUCGCUGCCGCUACCGUCGCCGUGACCUCAACCUUUACCAUCUACAUCGACCACACGCUGACCGUUUGACUAACACCAGGGAUAAUUAUAAUAACGACGAAUACGAUGAAGACUCAGGAUUGCUACCAUCAGUCACAAUGAAGAUAUAUAAAGGAGACCCUGAAGAUAAAGAGGUGGCGUCAAACGUUAAAAUUGGUGACACUCUGACCCUGGUCGUUUCGUUGGAGAAGCAACGGCAGUAUGGUCUUCUGGUCUCCGAAUGUUCCGUUAGAGAUGGUCUGGGAUGGGCUGAACAGAGCCUUAUAGCGGAUGAUGGAUGUCCACUAGACGGUGAGAUUAUGGGAUUGUUCCAAUAUUCUCGCGAGAAGCAAGAGGCCCGCGUGUCCUUCCCCGCUCACAAAUUCCCCUACACUGCCAGCGUGUACUACACGUGCGAAGUUAAACUCUGUGAUCUUAAUCACCCGACCGAUUGCGAGCCAUGUUCCCAUAAGAAGAACCGAGUACGUCGCCAAUCGGACGAAGGAUCACCAGCCACAGUGGAAGUGUUCUCAGGGUUAUACGUCAAUGAAGCUGACUCGCCUGAUAACGAUGAGGUUACCAGCGAAAAGAAAGAAGAUGAAAUCUGCAUUUCUCAGCGCAACUUCGCCAUCGGUAUAUGUGUCGCCGGAGUAAUUUUGAUGAUAUGCGUGAUCGCCGCCAUUGCGUUUAUUCUCGCGAGGAGAAGAAACCCUAAAACGUAUUCAAGAACCGGAAGCUCCCUCUACAGUGGACCUUACACUAACACCGGAUAUUCACACACGAGUUAAUACUGCCCAUGAAUAAGUUACUUUACCCUACGUACGAGGUUGCAUUGUGUAUUGAAUUUGUAACCAGUAAGAGACAAAUUAUAGGGUAAACGUGACUAUUUCGUUAUAGUAAUUUAGGAUAAAAUAAAUUGGUUUUAAAAUAUUACAACGAAUAUAAAUGACAAUUGAGAAAAAAAAUGUUAGUGUGUUUGAAUGUCUGUUUGUAUUCAAGAUGUGUUUGAGUGUUCCAAAAUACUAUUAUCUUAAUAACGUCUUAAUACUUUUUUAAGGUACAGUCAUAACACCUUAAUGACAUAAUCAUUUAUUCGACGGUUUAAUCGAUACGUCGAUAUUUCUAAUUUAGGUUCACGUAUUAUUUAAAAAUAGAAUGUUGUGUUCGGAAACCACAACGAUUCAGUCAAUUUUAGUUAAGUAUUACCAAUAAAUUAAUAUUAAGUCUUAAACAGCGGGGAUAUUAUAUAUUUAAUACAUCGUUUGUGAUAAUUCGUGCAUUAACGUAUCCGUCCCUUAAGUUACGUCAAAUGGUUGCCUUGCAUUACGUAAUAAAGUGUAGAAACAAAUUGAAGCUUCAUUUAUAAGAAUGUAUAAAUUGUUCUUCGAUAUCAAUAUUUUAUGUGAUUUUAGUUUAGUUUAACUUUGAACCCGUGUUAACUAUUGAAAUAAAUGUAUGUAAAAAUACUACAAUCACUGACAAUAACAUAAGAAAAACAAAUGACCAUCUCAAUUUCUUUCUUGAUAGUUUGCACGGGGCCUUAUUUUUAUGUUUUCGGUGGCGGGAACUAAAUCUGUCCAUGGUUAGAGGUCCCUCUUUAUGUAGAAAAAUAUAAUGACUACAUAAUAUUAUAUAUAGUCUGUGAUAGCAUGGCUAUUUGACAAUUAUAAUUACAAAAGAGUUUUCAUAAAUAUAAUAGUUUAUUGAAUGUUCCAACUCAAAUCCAAUAGAUGGCGCUAAUUUGUUUAAGAGAAUAGUUUAAUAUCACAGGUACUCAAUACUAUCUCGAAGUACAGUCUGUAGUCAUUUUAUUUAAAUAUGUAAUUAUAAUCUGUAUCGAAUUUUUUUUCAUCAUAUAGAUGCCAUAUUUAAUUUUUAAAUCUUCUUAGUAGCCAGUAUUCCGUCCAAGUAUAGGUGCUAUUUUUAUAUAACUAGCUUUUUAAAUGCUUUUUGCUUCCUAUAACGUUGUAACAACGAAUUUUGAUACGUGUUUCAUAAUUACUCCAUUGUCUUUUAGUAUAUGACUAAUUUACCUAGUUUUUUUUUUAGUUACAAUGGAGUUCUGGAACCAUAUCGAAGCGUAAAACAUAGGUUUAAAUUGUAUGUGUACGAAUUUUUAACAAAUAUACUGACAUAAAAAUUA